AUGGCAAAAAGGCGGCAUUUGAGAGGGAACAGGACUGCGGGAAAUUUAUUUCUUUCGGUGGUCCUGGUAACCUUCGUAGCAUGGUUUGGGUUUACCGUGUAUUAUAUUGACACUACACCGCCACCACAUCAGCAACGUGAUGAUCGCGACCAUCAUACAUUCGUCUUGUACUCUAGAGAUGUAAAUAAGACGACAGAGGCUUUGGAACACGACGCGCAAGCGAUAACAAGGCCCCAAGAAAAGCAGUCUGGAUACACAAUGAAGUUCUUACUAAAUAACAGAAAUCUUUGCAGAAAUCACGAUGGUUCGCAAAGCGACGUUGAGCUGCUGAUUGUCAUCUCGUCUCGCCAAAAGAAUGUUCUGAAUCGACGGUUCAUACGCCGCUAUUGGGCAAAUCUAAGGAAUUAUUCUAAAGUCCUCGCUCGGAAAGUGGUGACCGUGUUUUUGUUCGGGGUUACACCAGACUCUUACCGGAAGCUAUACAUAGAGAAUGACAAAUUUGGUGACGUUUUAAUGGCAGAUUUCUUGGACACGUAUAAUAAUUUGACGCUGAAAACAAUCAUGGGAAUUCAAUGGGCCACACAAUAUUGUCCGUCUGCUAGAUUUGUCAUGAAAUCAGACGAUGACGUAUUGAUACAACCUUUAAAUGCACUCAGACAUCUGCGCACGCAGUCAGAAAGCGACCUUAUGAUUGGCCGAUGUGGUAGAACGAGUCGGCCUGUCAGAGAAACGAAAAGUCCAAACUACGUCUCGUACGAAGAGUGGUCCGAUCAUACUUUCCCACCGUAUUGUUCAGGUAGUAGUUAUAUCAUGUCGUCCGACCUUGUUCGAAAGCUGUCUUCGCUUUCCAAAGUAGAAACAAGUUUCAAAUUUGAAGAUGUGUACAUAGGGAUUCUCCUCCAAAAACUCGGAAUUGACCCGUUAAACCACCCCGCAUUUGCACCAGAAUAUAUCAAUCUGAACUCUGCAUGCGAUAUUCGCCACCUGAUAGCUUCCCAUCAUGCCUGGACCCGGUAUAUGUACGACGGCAUUACAAACAUCGACUACACACUGUCCAGUAUCAAAGAACUAUGGGUCAAAUUAAUUCAGAUUCGUAAAGGUAAAAUCAGCUGUCCUCCAGACACAGAUGGAUUUGGUCACAAAAUUGAUGCAUCGUUCCAGUUCGAUGAAAUGCUGGAGGAAGAAUUUGGCUCUAAUUUAACAAAUAGUUUGUAG